ACUCAGUGCUGUUCGCCAUGUUGUGUUCAGGACACAUGAGAGAAUAUAUGGACGCCUCCGAGGCUUUAUUCCAGCAUUUACACACACAGAAAUGGAGCUGAUUUCAUCUGAUCUGUGACUGAUCUUGGAUCAUUCCGACGAAAAACGCGUCUCAGAGGCGCAUCAGGAUUUUACGGAGGAAUGCAUUUUAUCCGACACUAUAAAACACUGUUUAUUUGAUUUGUUUUAAAUGCUGUUUCUUCGGAUCUCAGUGUAUUUAAACCCUGAGCUGGAUUUAUAUUCGUGUGUUCUGGAAUGAAGAUCACGACUCUGAUUAUAUAAAUCAAAUUUAUUCAAAGCAUUUUUUUAAAGAACCAGAAGAUCACAUCGGGAUGGUUUUGAACCCGACUGAACCAUGAAUAGGAAUUUUCACCAUGCACUCAAAAUAAUCGCUGUUUCUAUAUCGAUGCUGAUCAAUGCAUAAGCUUCAGGACAGGCUGCUGUCUCUAUGUAAUACAGUAUGAUUGCAUUAAUGUUUGAUAUUUCAUCUAUGCAAACAGAAACACACGCACUGACCUCCACACUGAGGAUUUGUGAAAUCUCUCAAACACUAAACCUCUCUUACAGACUUACACAUUGAUCCGGACCUGUUUGCUCACAAAUAAAUGCUUUUGGCAAUAUUAAAACAUUAAUUUCAGAGGGAGCGGAUUAUCAACUGGGAUUUAUUGCAGUACAAGAAUCUGCAUUGAAAAUGAGGACAGACACCAAACUGGCCUUGGCCAUAUUCCUCGUGUCCUGUUCAUCAGGUGCGAUUCUCGGGCGCUCGGAGACGCAGGAGUGUGCGUUUUAUAAUGUGAGCUGGGAGAAGGACGGGACGAACCAGAGCGGAAUCGAAUCAUGCUACGGAGAGAAAGACAAGCGACAACACUGUUUCUCCACCUGGAAGAACCGCUCCGGAGCCAUCGAGAUGGUGAAGCAGGGCUGCUGGCUGGACGAUGUUAACUGCUACGACAGCAGCGAGUGUGUGGAGCGUAAGGAGAAUCCCGACGUCUUCUUCUGCUGCUGCGAGGGAAACAUGUGCAAUGAGAAGUUUCACUACAGUCCAGAGAUGAUUCAGACUCAGAAUAAACAGUCAUGGCAGAGUGAAUAUGAGAUUUAUAGCUUGAGCGGAAUGAAACAUGAAAAUAUCCUUCACUUCAUCGGAGCGGAAAAACGAGGAAAUGGAGUCGAUAUCGAGCUCUGGCUCAUCACAGCUUACCAUGAGAAGGGCUCGCUGACAGAUUUCCUGAAGGCUAAUGUUGUGUCGUGGAAUGAGCUGUGUCUGAUAUCGCAGACGUUUGUGCGCGGUUUGGCGUAUUUACACGAGGACAUUCCCAACCUGAAGGACGGACACAAGCCUGCCAUUGCACACAGAGAUAUCAAGAGUAAGAAUGUGUUAGUGAAGCAUGAUUUAACUGCAUGUAUUGCUGACUUUGGCCUGGCACUGAAGUUUGAAGCAGGGAAAUCUACAGGCGACACACACGGACAGGUGGGAACGCGGCGCUACAUGGCUCCGGAGGUGCUGGAGGGAGCGAUCAGUUUCCAGCGCGACGCGUUUCUGAGGAUCGACAUGUACGCCGCGGGUCUGGUGCUGUGGGAACUGGCCUCUCGCUGCACAGCAGCCGACGGUCCCGUGGAUGAGUUCUGUCUGCCGUUUGAGGAGGAGGCAGGUCUUCAUCCGUCUCUGGAGGACAUGCAGGACGUCGUUGUGCAUAAGAAGCUACGGCCGAUAUUCAGAGAGCACUGGCUAAAACAUACGGGUCUGGCGAUGCUCUUUGAGACCAUAGAGGAGUGUUGGGACCACGAGGCCGAGGCGCGUCUGUCUGCGGGAUGCGUGGAGGAGCGCAUCAUCUCAAUGCAGCGCAACACCAACCUCAUCGCCCCCGACGACAUCCUCUCCGUCGUCACCAUGGUUACCAACCUGGACUUCCCCCCUAAAGAAUCCAGCCUAUGAUGCCGUUCUCUCAGCCAAUCAGAACGCAGCGUGUGCGAGAGAAAACCGGACUACGAAUGACUCGAGCAAAACGAGCGCAGGAAUAAUUCAACGACUCGCACUUACACACGGAGGAACUCAAGAGAUCAAACACACACGGACGUCUCUGUUUGCACCAAAACCUCUUUUAUGCAUAAAGGAAAGACUUUUGUGUUUUAUAUGAACAGCAGCUCAUAUGAUUUUAGUAUAAAAAGGGCGAAACUCUGGACUGCGUUUGCUGUUUCUUUUCUGCAAGUCAUUAUAGUCAUGCCAAUACGAGACACGGAUGUAUGCUGAAAUAACCAUGAACCUCCCUGAACAGGUAUACCUCAUUUUGAUUUCUCGUGCUUUUUUCUGAACAGCUGCUACGGAGGCGAGACGAGUAGCUGUAACACACGCUAGCGUUUCUGCCGUUCGCAUUUCUGCUUCAUUUCAUCGCAGCCUUUCUAAAGGGGUCGUUUCAUGAGGAAUCAACGCUCGCUUCACUAAAUCACAGAAACCAGGGUCCAAUAUUAGCGUCUGACAUAUGGUGGAUCAAUUCGGACAGUUUACCACUCAUGCAACUGUAUUCUUGCAACACAAUUUUCCAAAAUAGUGACACAUCAUAUGCAAAAUGAGCCUCCAUAUUCAUCAAACUGCACCUGAGACAUUGGGUUUUUGUUCAUAUUUAUCUUUUGGUGGCUUUUUAUGAGGAAUAAUCCAGCAAGUCAUUUUGACCCUACACUGCA